UCUGUCCUAGCGGCGGCAGCGGCAGCUCCAACAUGCGGCUCUUGUUCCUGGCAGUGCUGCGGGCGCACACCGGCAACGCCGUCACGGCCGAGCGCGUCCGGGCCCACCUGGAGGCAGCAGGUCACUGCUGUGUUCUGAGAGAUGCGUCAGAGUUUGCGAGCCCGGCGGACGUCGCAGACCUCCUGGAGGCCCAGCACUUUGAGGGGGCGCUGGCCCUGCACCUCUACCGGGGAGGCCGGCUCCUGCAAGGUCACAGGAUCCCUUUCGGGAUCAUCUUUGGUGGCACGGAUGUAAACGAAGAUGCUGGCCAGGAAGAGAAGAAAGAAGUGAUGGGCAAUGUGCUCCAGGAGGCCAGGUUUGCUGUUGCGUUCACAGAGGCCAUGAAGGAGGCGGUGCUGACGCAGUGGCCGCAUGCCAAGGGUAAGAUCUACGUGCAGAGUCAAGGAAUCGCAACAACACCAAAUGCAGCCUUUGACUGGAACAGCUUCCUCCAGCGUGCAGAGAUCCACCGGAGCCCUGACAGCCUGCACGUCUUCCUCCUUGUGUGCGGCCUCCGGCGCGUGAAGGACCCUCUGUACCUGCUCGAUGCCUUUUCAGAAUGGCACCGAGAAGAGCCCAGCGUCUACAUGGUGAUCGUGGGGCCGGAAGUGGAUCCGCUGUUCACCAGGGAAGUGAGAGCCGGAGUGGAGAGGGCCCGCGGGGUGCGGCUGCUGGGAGAGAUGCCCCAGGGAGACCUGCAUGCGGCCCUCAGGCGCUGCUGUGCGCUGGUGAACAGCUCCGUGUCGGAGGGCAUGUCAGCCGCCAUCCUGGAGGCCAUGAACUUGGAGGUCCCUGUGCUGGCCAGGAACAUUCCCGGGAAUGCCACUGUGGUGACGCAUGAGGUCACGGGGCUUCUGUUCACAGACCCGCAGGAGUUUGUUCACCUGGCCAAGAGACUGGUCAGUGAGCCUGCGCUGGAGAAGGAGCUCAUAGCCAACGGCAAGGCCUACGUGAACAGGCUGCACUCCUGGGAGGUGGAGAGGGACACCUACCAGCACCUCAUUCAGAAGCUCGAGGGGGACAUGGAGGACUAAGGAGGCCACAGGACAGCGUGGGACACCGUGGCCCUACCCUCCUGUGCCCACCCUGCCACCCUACAGGUGCCUGCGUCUUGCCCAGGCUCCUGCUGGAGGUGCUCAGGGGCUGGGCUGGGGCCAUGGGAGCCACCUCACUUCUGGGAAACCUGAGCCACCGCAAGGCAGACCCCUGCCCUGUCUCCGGGUGACUGACACCCACCGUGCCAGUGCCAUCAGCAAAAGCCACGCCUGGGAGCGGCCAUGGACGGGCUGAGGCCCACUCCUCACUGUCCAUGGCGCGGAGGCAGGGUCUCUCUGCAGCCCCCAGGGCAGCACCCAGUACUGGGGAGGCACUUCUGGUGGCACCAGGUGGUGCCCGAGUCUCUGGGUCUGGGGUGGGCCGUCCCUCCUUUUCUGCCUUGGGGGACCACGGACAAGUGUCCUGCCGGUCACAGACUGGCCUGGCAUGGCACUCCAGGGGACACUGGUACUGUGAGUGGCAUGGCCAUGUUCCCAGCCUCUUUUGAUUCAGGGAGCUGGCAGGGAAAGUGCCCUGGUACAGGUUUCACUCAGACUUGGGGAACUGGGAGGGACGAGGCCCAUGUGUCCCCUCCGUGGUGUGGCUUGUGGCUUCUCAGCCUCAUUCUGGGAAGGCAGCAGAGCCAGCAGCUUGCCUUAGAGGCGCAGCCCCCAUUGCUCCUGUUCUUGGAUGCCUCUGGGAAAAGGUGCCUGAAUCCUGAGCCACACAGCCCUCACCCUGCGCUGGGGUCAGGGACAGUCACAUUUCAGGAAGGUGGGCAUGGGCCACACUCCUCCCAGCAGGGCAGUGCCCCUUUCUCUUGGCUUCAGGGCUGGUGUAAGCGGGAGGGACAGGGCCUCGGUCCUGAGUCUAGAGUAGCCAAGGCCGCCCUGCGAGAAGCCCCCGGGGUCCGUGUCACGGAGACCCCCUGCACCCAUGCUGUGUUUAUUUCCUGGGGGACAGGAUGGGCGCCGCCGUCCGGCGUGGCCGGCUGUAC